AUGGAGAAAGACACUCAGAAAAAGCUGAGCUCGGAUGAGGCCGAUAUCAGUGUACAUGAUGGCAAUGUCCGAUUUGCAUCUCCGAGGCCAGCAGCCUUGCAGCAUCUCUCGGAGGAUGAGCUUGAACAGCUAGAAACUCGCCUGAGACGCAAGAUUGAUAUACGCCUGCUUCCUAGCAUGAUUCUGAUCUACAUCAUGAAUUAUCUUGAUCGAAACGCCAUCGGCGCCGCUCGACUUGGAGGCCUAGAAGCUGAUCUGGGCUUGAAGGGAGACGAAUUUCAGACGGCGGUUUCCAUCUUAUUUGUGGGAUACGUCCUGAUGCAAGUUCCUUCGAACAUGCUCCUAAACAAGAUCGGAAAGCCAGCAUCAUACCUUUCCGCUUGUAUGAUGGCUUGGGGAAUCCUAUGUGCGUGCACUGGAGCCGCCCAAGGCUUCUCGAGCCUCGUCGCAACUCGUUUUCUCCUCGGAUUCGUCGAAGCUGCAUUCUAUCCAGGUGCCUUGGCGACUCUCAGUGCCUGGUACGUCCGUAAAGAGCUAGGUGUCCGAACGGCCAUCUUCUACUCUGGGUCUUUGAUCUCCGGCGCCUUCUCUGGUCUGAUCGGUGCUGGCAUUAUCAACGGCAUGAAUGGCGUCCGUGGCCUUUUGGCUUGGAGAUGGAUCUUCAUCAUCGAGGGCUCGGUCACGGUUCUGAUUGCCUUUGCGACCUUCUUCAUUCUACCCAACUUUCCGGCUACUACAAAAUGGUUGAGCGAAGAGGAGCGAGCAAUGGCCAUGUGGCGUAUGGAACUUGAUGCCGCUGGCGAGGAGGACUGGACUGAAGGGUCAAAGCAAUCACUCUUCCACGGCUUCAAGCUCCUUAUCAAGGACCCAAAGAACUGGAUCCUGGUUGUUGUUUGCUACGGCGCGGCAUCAGCCAUUGCCAUCAACAGCUUCUUCCCGACCAUUGUUGCCAGCAUGGGCAAGGACAAGAUCACCACCCUGUUGCUCACCGCGCCGCCUUAUCUUCUAGCCUGUAUCGUAUGUGCUGCGGUGGCAUGGAAUGCAGAUCGGGUGCAAGAGAGAUUCUGGCAUACUUCGCUGUCCAUCGCCGCUGCUCUUGCAGGCUUCAUCAUCUCGGCGUCGACUACUCAAAUUGGGCCUCGCUACUUCGGCGCCAUGAUUAUGCUCCCCGGUAUCUACUCCGGUUUCAACAUGUCCAUGGUGUGGACAGCGAAUACAAACUUCCGCCCUGUGUCCAAGCGAGCCGCAGCUCUGGCAUUCAACAACGCUCUUGCGACCGUGUGCAGUAUCUAUGGGUCCUUUCUCUAUCCUAAUGGCGCAGCUCCACGGUUCAUUCUCGCCUUCAGUGUGAACGCUGGUAUGGCCUUUAUUGCAAUUUGCGCUAGCAUUCUCCUCCAUUUCGUGCUAAAGCGUGCCAAUCGCAAGCUGGAGGCCAAGGAGGCAGAGGAGGAGGCAGCUGGACAACACACCGUUGGAAGUGGGUUCAGGUACCUUACCUAG